AUGACGACCACCACAGACAUCAAGGCACGUAUUUUGCUAGGUCGAGGUGGUGAGGUCGCUAACACUACCAAGCCUUUUCCUCUUCUCGACCUUCCACCAGAGUUAUGGAGCAAGAUCGGCAAACUUGUUGUCGACCAGAGCGACAAAGUCACUGAUAGUACCAUCGUGCUGAUCACGCAAUCAUCCGACCCGCGAGAGCGAGCAAAGUAUCGAGAAGAGAUCGGGCAGCCAGCAAUCACGCGCACAUGUCAAGUCCUGCGAGCGGAGCUAUUGCCGUACUACUACCGCAGCAAGAUCUCGGUGCAGGUAAUCGCGGGCUCCCUCGAGGUGGUCUCCGUAGGAAAGUGGCUCAGAAGUAUCGGCGAUAAGAAUAGGAGCGCCCUAGCAAGGGUUUGGCUGAGGUGCUACUGGAUUCACGAUGAGCAGCUGCUAAGGAAGUACUUCAAGGUUCGAUUUGACCUCGGUGAGACUGUGCAGCAUGGUGUGCCUGGAUGGACACAUACCUACAGGCGAGUAAAGUUCUUGAGCGACGCACAAGAGAUGUCACCAGGAUGGGCGCGAGUACGCAAACUUGGGGGGGGGUCACAUCCAGACAUGGCAAUUUGA